AUGGAAGACGACGACGCUCCAUAUUAUUGUAUUCCGCAAGCCCGCUGCAGACUAUGCCAAUUUGAGUUGGAGGAGGGCGAAGUAGUUGUUGCAGGUGUUGAUGACCAACGUGUAUCGUCUGAGUUUCUAUUCUUCCGAAAUACUACCUUCUACGAUGACGAUAUCUUCGGAAUCAAAUUCCAUAUGUGUUGCCGCAAUACUUGCAGGUUUCGGGGUCGUCAGAGUCCUUGUUAUCAUAGCAAGUGUCACGAUUUUAGACUCUAUACAAUAUCGUCAAAGUUCCUUGCCACCACGAAAUAUAGCUUUCGACCACCUACCAAUGAAGAAUAUCGACGAUGGGACCGCACGCUACGGAUUCUAGCGGAGAGGCUUAAGGCUUCCUGGGCAAAAGGGCUUCCUGAUGAACUAUGCCAAAUAAUAGCUGGAUUUCUUGUACGGGAAUGUGCAGUUAUCACCGCUCAAGAACUAGCGGAUCAGGAUAGUACAACCAAUUCUAUUGUUGACCUUUCUCAUAAUGUGUACGUUCGCUAUGUUAUGAUCGACGACAUCCGCUAUAUUGGAAGUCUUCGAAGUUCUUCCCCGUCAGAAGUCAAGGCUGGAGAAAGGCUUCUGCUCCACGCUCAAACCAUAGGCACUACUCUGAACGUUUACAUUGGAGAGGACCACCUGGGCAUCAGGCAGCUGCAAUUAUCUUCGCCCAGUAAUGCAUUGUCCAGAUCAGACCUCAGCACGCCAGGACUAUGGUGGAGAAAGCUCUCCGAGCCUUGCGGCUUUUCAAAGGUCGGGAUAAGAACUGACGGUUUAAAACUUAGAGAUAUCUUUAACAAUAAAGAGCAAAAUGCCACUCCUUCUGCCCGCAUUUCCUGGCCAAUUCCCGCACCUACUGCCACAAUUAUUGACCUCGCGAGUCUCCAACGCCCGCAGAAAGAACCCAGUGGCCUUCGGAUGUCCUUUUUCGAAUGCAACGCUGCACGCACAAGCGGAUACUCUGUGGCUACAAAUGGAGUGAUCACAGCUACUAUACAUGCGCUGGGUCCCAAUAUGGACCUCACAUUUUAUAAGGGGGUCGAUUCCUUUUUUGGCUGGUCAAUGGUUUGGAUAUAUAUGCCUAUUGACCAAGGCGAAUAUGUGACCGAGAUUUGUAGGCGCUACGGAUUUAGGCAUACUGGUCUAGACUCCCUUGGAUUAAGUUUCACUACUAAUCAAGAACGAACCACUUUAUUUGGCUGCUACCUGCCGCCGCCAUCCUCAAAAGCGGAAUAUCAAUUCGAGCGUAUCCACACUCCGCCAAAGAACCGAUUGUUGAUGUAUCCGUCAAGUUUCCGCCCUGGGGAGGAUUCCAAAGACGGUGAAUUGUUGGAAAAGGCGAGAGUUCUGUACGGUGCCAUAUUGAAUCCUAUUCAAGUUCAGCGCCGUGAUAAUCCAUCCGACGACACAUGGGUCAAGAGCUACACGAAGCUCUUGGCAUUCAAUCAGACGCAAUAUGAUCGAGUUCUAUCCCUCGACUCCGACGCGACCAUCUUGCAAACCAUGGACGAGCUUUUCCUCCUCCCUCCAUGUCCGGUCGCCAUGCCUCGAGCAUAUUGGCUUGACCAGAGCAAUCGUGCCAGUGCUCUCAGUUCCCAACUUAUGCUAGUCAAGCCUUCAACAGCGGAAUUUGAACGCAUAACUCAAGCUAUCAAUUCAGCCGGUAAGGGCCAAUAUGAUAGGGAGAUCGUUAACAACAUAUACAAAGACACCGCCUUGAUCAUCCCGCACCGCCCUUAUAAUCUCCUGACACAGGCAUUUAGGGGCGUGGAAACCGCUAACUAUCUGGGGAAUGACAAAGAGCAAUGGAACCCCGAUAAGGGUUUAAAAAAGGCGAAGUAUCUGCACUUUUCAGAUUGGCCGGUUCGUAAGAAACCUUGGCGCGAGUGGAAGGAGGAAAAGUUAGAGUGCGAUGACGAGUACACUUGUCGGUCAAACGAGUUAUGGCUUCAGUUUUAUAGCGACUUCGCAAAGAGGAGAGAGGAAAUAUGCGGUGAUAUGCCUGAGGAGGACCGGUGA